AUGGUUGUUUCGAUCGUGUGUCUCUUAUUGUUUUUCAUCCAAACAAUCAGUAGUCAAAACUGUUCAACUAGCAAUCCAUGUGGAACAUAUGGUUACUGUGUUGAUACUAGUGGUGGCGGAAUAGAAUGUGUAUGCAAGUUUUGGUGGAAAGGAGACUUUUGUGAUCAACAAUCAAGUAGUGGCAUUCAAGUGAUUGUUCUGGGAGUGUUAUCAGGUAUUCUUCUGAUAUUUUUCUAUGCUCUUUCCAUAAUUUGUGGACGUCAACGACGAAAAGAACAACCGAAGAAGGAGAAAAAAAAGAACCCAAAACUUAAUUCAAAAUUAAGUGAUGUCGCGGUUGUCAAUGUGAAACGAUCGUUUCAGUUAUCAUCAUGCUUAGUGUUCAUUCUCAUGAUAAUUGUCGCAACAGUUGCAUUAGUUAUCAAAUGGUUAUUAUUACAACCGAUACACAAUAAUUUAGUACAAAAAUAUACCAACAGUGAACUGUUAUAUUAUCACCGAAUAUCUUUUUGUGAUGUCAUUGAUCGAGAUGGUUAUGAUUUGAUAUCACUACCUGUGGCGGGUUUCUUUAUCAUAGUUUUUGUUAUUUUUUCUAAGAGAACAUCAUGUUUACGACAAAAACUACGAAGCUUUAUUGGUCCGGUUAUUCCCAUGGACUUUUAUAUUCACGUCAAACGAAAACUUGCUGCUGUUAUAUUUGCUGUUAUUGCUGAUGAUCUUUUGAGUAUUGUUAUUGCAGUUAUCAAUGGUGAAGGAACACAGGGGGAAGGGGUUAUUGUUGUUUAUUUGAUGCGAAUAGCUAACAUUUUGGUAAUUGGCAUUCACUAUUACCCGUUACUAGCUGGUGCUUAUAUAGAUUCGAUCUUGGCAUGGAGUUGCGCAACACUUUAUGCUUGGUUAAUUUUUAGUUUGGCAAUCAUUGAACAAGGUUUAUGUCAAACAGGUUUUUACACAUCGGACGAGUAUCCGGACGAUGUCAAUAAUACAGAUACUGGAAUGUACUUUGAUUUUUAUGGUACAGGUCCAAAUCUGCUGAUAAUUGAACUUGUCACAGAUAUUCCUCGAUAUUUAUGUUGGGCUUAUAUAGUUGUCAAAUUUCCAAUGUUAUUAAUUGAGAAAAUCUAUCAAACGGCUAAAAAACGAAAUAGAGAAUCUUCUUCGCAUAUUCAUUUAACUAGAGAAGAGAAAAAUCUUCUACAUUCAUCAGCAAGUCAUUCAGUUGAAAGAUCUUAUGUGAGAAAUCUGUUUCGUGGAAAGAAUCGAUGUUUGCGAAGUCGAUUACUUUUUGGACGAUUGAUGCCAACAUUUAUUUAUCAAUGGCGAGAUGAUUUUCGAUUUUCAUCACGAAUAUUUUGUGUUUAUGCAUCAAUAUUUCUUCUUUUGUAUUUUAUUACAAUUCAGUCAUUGAUACGAUUUAUUCCAUAUUUAAAUACAUUUGAAAAAGUCAUUGGAGAACUAAUGGAUACUAUCGCACAAAUUGGCAACUCGGGAGGUAUAAACAAACAAUUUCCAGUUCCAAAUCUGACUCGUCCAUUUGUAUUUGCAAUCUUAACUGCAUUUGUCAUUACAACUCUUCAGCUGUUGAUUCUCUUGGCAAAUAUUCGACGAAAUUUAUUUCAGAUUUAUCGCGGUGAUGAUUCGGAGAUUCCUUUGAGAACUAAUUCUCGAUAUCUUAGUUAUUCUUCGGGAAAUUUUCAUUUUGCAGGAUAUUUUAUUGGUUAUAUUUUUUGGGGAUAUAUCCUGAUUGCAAUAUUAGCAUUGAUUGUUUAUAUUUGUAUCGCAUCAUUCAUUACAUUCGGAAGUGUUCGAUUUCUUGAGAAGAUUCUCAAAGCGAUCAUUCCCGUGUUAUUGAUGAUUAUUUUCAAACUGUAUUUGAAUAAAUUAUUGGCAAGAUAUGUGUUUUUACAAGAUCACGGUGAUGUUUUAGCGAUUAACAAUCGACGAGUAUUGAUGAUCUUCUUAUAUUUUAACUUCUUUCUCGAUUCAUUUCUUGGUUUGAUAUCUUCGAUCAUACGAAUCAUCUUAAGUGUAAUUGCAGGUUUCUUUUACAUGUGUCGUUUGGAUUAUUCACCAUUGGGAAGAAAACUUGAAACAUUAGAUUCAGGAUUUGCUGCUUAUUGUGGUUUUAUUCAUAUCGAAGCAGCACAUCGAAAUCCGAUCAUGUUGACAAUGGCAAGUUAUUUGUAUGGAGAAAUGAAAAGAAAACAACACUUAACAGAUAAUUCAAUGAUGGUGACUUCGAUCGAAAGAAAACGUGAAAAGAAUUCAUCAAACGCAGUUCGUCGAUGGCAUUUAGCAGUUCUUUUAUUACGAAAUCCAUCCUUGGUAUUGUUGAGAAAAAGUGCUCUUGCUGCAAAAGAAGAUAAGAAGGAGAAGGAUAUGUUCGAGAAGAAACAAAGAAUAUCAGUGAUCGAAGAGAUGACUCAUAGACCAAGUUUGAUUUCUGAAAGUGAUUUCGAACGAAUNGAAAGAAAACGUGAAAAGAAUUCAUCAAACGCAGUUCGUCGAUGGCAUUUAGCAGUUCUUUUAUUACGAAAUCCAUCCUUGGUAUUGUUGAGAAAAAGUGCUCUUGCUGCAAAAGAAGAUAAGAAGGAGAAGGAUAUGUUCGAGAACAAACAAAGAAUAUCAGUGAUCGAAGAGAUGACUCAUAGACCAAGUUUGAUUUCUGAAAGUGAUUUCGAACGAAUGUGGCAAAAGAAAUGUUGA